UAUGACGCUACGCGGUUGCUUAGCGAUGUGGCCCUUGGUUCCGAACAUUGAACCCCUUCCGAAGCUAACCAGCUCCCAUCAUGCCUAUUGGAAUCCUCCACCAAGGCUUCACCGAGGGCUUGGACUCGAUACCCUAUGGCCAGCCCAUACUGAAGAUCGUCUCCGUCAUUGCAGUGCUCUACUUGUUCAAAUGGUACUUCAAUGGCGCAGUCAACACCUCAGAGCGCAAUAUGCACUCCAAGGUGGUCAUGGUUACUGGAGGUACAGCCGGUAUAGGCGCUGAGGUAGUCAGAGGCCUUGCAUCGCGUGGCGCCCAAAUCGUCCUCCUGGUCCAACAACCCCUCUCUGACCCCUUUCUCGUCGACUACAUCGAAGACCUGCGAGAACAGACAGGCAACGAGCUCAUCACUGCCGAACAUGUCGACCUCACAUCCCUGCACAGCAUACGAGUCUUUGCAACGAAAUGGGUUGACAAUGCCCCUCCACGCCGUCUUGACACGAUCGUCCUCUGCGCAAAUACAAUGACACCUAUGGGCGGCAAAGCAGCUAUAACUGAGGAUGGUCUGGAAUCUACAUGGGGACUGAACUACGUGGCAAACUUCCACCUUCUCAGUAUCCUCAGUCCCGCACUCCGCGCCCAGCCGGCCGACCGGGACGUUCGCAUCGUCUUCGCUACAUGUGGCGCAUAUGUCGCAGGCAAGAUGCCAGACUUCAGUGCAAAGCCAAAUCCAAAGAAGGCAAAGGGCGAGACUGUGCCAACUGAAUUUGAGGCUGGUAGCGUCUAUGCCACAUCGAAGCUGGCACUUAUGACCUUCGCCGUCGCUUUCCAGAAGCACCUGAACGCUUAUGUCCGCCCUGAUAAGAAGCCCAAUAACGCUCGCGUCAUCAUGGUCGAUCCCGGCUGGACCCGUACACCCGGCAUGCGGCGCCACCUCUCCUUGGGCACACUAUGGGGUCUUGCGCUCUACCUCAUCAUGUGGCCCGUGUGGUGGCUCGUCUUGAAGAGCGCCGAACAGGGCGCACAGACCUUCCUCCAUGCCGUAAUGGAAGCAGAGUGGGGUCGAGGCGAGGGAGGAUAUUUCUUGAAAGAGUGCAGGAAGGUGGGCUGGUCGCGACACGAGAUCAGCGACGAAGAUCUCCAGAAGAAGCUCUGGACGAGCAGUGAGCAGACAAUUGAGGUGCUGGAGAAGGAGGGUGCGAAGCGAAGGGCAGCCGAGAAGAAGGAGAGCGAAAAAGCGGAGAAGAAGGAGGCCAAGAGUACAGCGAAGGAGGCGAACAGCGAGGCGAAACAGAGGAAGGGCAAAUGAGAGGGCUCGUGGGCCUGCAACAAAAGCAACCUUGCAGACAACACAUUUCAGUACACGACCGUCAGAUCUCUCGACUCUCGUUGUGGCUCGUGCUGUCAUCUCGGAUUGGGUCCGGUCGAUGUGAUCACCUCAGCCGGGUGACAGUGGACGGACACUAAGCUUGCGUAAAGCAAUCUUGUUGAUAACAAUUGGAGGCUACAGUCCUCCAGCAACAAAAGAUACAACAGCUUUCAACGUGCAGUCGGCGAUCACCGAGAUAUAAGAGCGUGGCAACGAGGGGUCCGCCUGACUCGACAUCAGAUCUUUGCAGAUGACAUGAUUUUGGUGGAAGUAAAAUCUCUCAGUGGCUCAAGAUGUGGCAUUAUAGACUUUACUGUUGUGAUUCUCUUCAUCGAAACAACCAAAUGGUCGCUUAGCUCAGUUGGUUAGAGCGUGGUGCUAAUAGAUUAUACCUUGAUACGCCAAGGUCGCG